AACACGCCCCACAAUUCAACCUCGCUAGCUACCUGUCGCAGAAUUCAAACUCUUCCACUGAAUUUCCACGAGGAAAGAACGGAAGAAGUUGAAGAAUCAAUGGAAGGGGAAACUUCACCGUUUGAGAGCAGUGAGAUGCUGGCAUCAUUUCUCGCAUCCACCCCACUGCUUUCGGAGUCAUGGAAGCUCUGCAGCCACGCCAACGCGGCCACGCCCGAGAGCUUCGUGCGGAACAGAAUCGGAGACGUGAGUUACGUGGCCUUUUCGGGCAUUCAGAGGGAUGCCGGGUUGGAUCUCGGUUGCCGCCGGAGCCUGGUGGCCGUGGACACCGCGGCCGCUGGAAUUUUCCCAGCGUUGCAACGUUACGGCAGUGAAGCAGAGGAGCCCGUCAUGGUCCACGCGGGGAUGUUACGUCUCUUCCUCUCCAUGAUUAAAUUGAGAAACUUUCAAACCCAGGUGUUUGACAUAAUGAAGGAAAGUAAAUUAGUAGUUUUCACAGGUCACUCCCUCGGUGGAACAAUGGCUUCUCUUUCAGCCCUGUGGCUCCUCUCACAUCCUCAAUCUACUACGACCGUCCUAUCACUCACCUUCGGCACCCCUCUCCUAGGCAACGUCGCCCUUUCCCGAGCCAUCCUCCAAGAAAGAUGGGGAGGAAAUUUCUGUCAUGUGGUGGGAAAGCAUGACAUCGUGCCAAGACUUCUCUUAGCUCCUCCAUCUCCCCUCACUCCUCACCUGCAUUCCCUUCUUCGGUACUGGCACUUGUCUAUGACUUCCCCGUAUUUCAGACUCCUCACACUUGAGUUGUCCGAUGAAGAGAAGAACUCACUAUUUCUCUUUGUGUUGUCUUCUGUCGAGGCAUUGGCAAAAUCAGGAGAAAGUCUUGGGAGAGAUUCCUUCUGCCCUUUCGGGAACUACGUGUUUUGUACGAAUGAGGGAGCUAUUUGUUUGGACAAUGUGGUGGCUGUUGUAAAAAUGCUGCACUUGAUGUUCGCUACAGGUUGUGCAGCUUCUUGUAUUGAGGAUCAUCUCAAUUACGAAGCAUACGUUGGGAAGGUAUCUUCGGAAUUCUUGAAGAGUAGAGGCUUUGCAGAAGGGGAGUUGCCUGAGUCAAGCUAUGAAGUUGGAGUUACACUGGCAUUGCACUCCUCAGAGAUAGAUUGUCGGGCACCAGUCUGGGAACCAGCAAAAGACUGCCUAAAGACGGCCAAACGCAUGGGGCAUGCUCCCAACAUCAAGAGUGCUAACCUUGCAAAAGUUUUAUCGAAAUUCACACCAUUACGAGCCCAAAUCGAAUGGUACAAAGCAUCUUGUGAUGCAUCUGAUGAUCGAAUGGGGUACUAUGAUACAUUCAAGCUAGGGGGACCAUCAAAGAAGGAUGGCAAAGUUGACAUGAACCGGAGAAAGCUUGCCCGGUUUUGGGAUGACCUAAUUCAAAUGUUGGAUACAAAUCAACUACCUCAUGAUUUUCACAGGAGAGCAAAAUGGGUAAAUGCUUCCCAAUUCUAUAAACUCCUAGUUGAACCAUUAGACAUUGCAGAGUACUAUCGAACCGGAAUGCACCGAGAGAAAGGGCAUUAUGUGACGCAUGGAAGAGAGAGAAGGUACAAACUUUUCGAUAGGUGGUGGAGUAAUACAAAGGUCGGUGAGGAAGAGAACAAUCAGAGGAACAGGUAUGCUAGUUUGACACAAGAUUCAUGUUUCUGGGCGAGGGUGGAGGAGGCGAGAGAUUGGAUAGAGAAUGUCAGGAGCGAGAGUGAUUCUAGGAAGCUCACUCUGAUAUGGGAGAAUAUCAAUAACUUUGAGCAAUAUGCAAGAAGUCUUGUUCAAAGAAAGGAGGUGUCUAUCGAUGUCCUCGCAGAAAAUUCAAGCUACAGCUUGUGGAUGAAGGAAUUAAGAGAACUGAAAUCACAGCUGCAGCAAUUCUCUCCUUAGUUCCCUGGUUUUUUCGGAAGGGGAGUCAUUCCAUAGAUUAAUGCUUUGUACCGCGAUGUUCCUUGUUAACCGGUGACAUCUUUCAAAACUCGAAUUCAAUUACUGUUAGGGAGAACUUUAUAUAUCCUUCUGUGCUUUAUCACUUAUCA